GACAACUUUUGUUAUUGGUGUGGCUGAUGUUACGAUUGUCAAUAUCUUUGGUGAAAAGCAUAAUGAAAUAAUAGAAUUUUUAAACAUAGUUGUUCGCGCUUUUUUUAAAAUGAAGCUGCUGAAAGAGAAAAAAAAUUGCAAAAUCGUUUAUCAAAAUGUUUCUGCUACCAACACCGAGGAGAAUUUUACAGCGAAUUGGCAAAAUUUAAAGCAAGAUCUAGAAAAAAUGGCAAAGCUUGCAGCUGUACAAGAAAACUGUAAAGAUCAGAUUCAAAAGUUGGACGACAUCAUUGCAUUUGACGAAAACAAAGACAUGUUUUACAUACCAAAUUUAUUGAAAGGAGGUCCCCCUAUGGCUCCAGUGAAUCCAAAUUAUGGUAUUACCUUGCAGAAAGUAAAGGAAAGUAUAAUUGAGUUAAUGUGCUCAGAAAAAUUGAUCAAACUUACUGUUUCUUCGUUUCGUGAACGAGUUAAAAGUUUUUGGAAAGCCAUACUGAAAGAAAGUUUUAACUCUAGUUCUCGAAAUAUUUUCCAAGACAAUUUAAUGUCAGAUCAACAUGCAAAUGAGGAGGAAGAAUCUAAAAAGGUAUUCUCUUGGAAAAUAUUUGAGGAAAGUGUGAAUUUCACAAAAAAUGAAGAAGAGCCUGCGAAUGUUGAGAAAGAGUCUAACCAAACCACGGAGAAAAAUGAUUUGAAUGAUUUUGACGAAGAAAAGAAAAAAGAGGAAAACGUAAACACCUCAAAAGAUAGCAAUGAUCAUGUAACGGGUCAAGAAAAUAGGAAGAACGUUCUUUUGGAAAAAGAAAAGGACAUUGAUGGCCCAAAAGAAUUUCGUCAGGAUUUCGAAUUUGGUGUAACUCCCAAUAAAACUGAAAAGACCUCUCAUAACACAAAACAAAAGACAUUAUCUCAACUAUGCGAACGUUUAGGUCUUAAAACAAAACUUACAUUAAAACAUGCACGUACUGUUGCAACGUUUACUGACGACGAACUGACUUCUCAUGACCAAAUUCCCAGUUAUAUUCUUAAAAUGUUAAUGAUGGCUAAUCACCAUGCACGUGAAUUUAAACUGGAACCAUUAAAAAAAAAUAAAGUUAAUAUCAAAUCAAAUGAUGGUACUGAUGUAAGUGAUAGUGAUGACCAGGAGGAAGAUGAGAUUGAAUCCAAUAAAGUCGAAAAUAAAAGUUUUGAAGAUGAAGAUGAUUCCGAUGAUAGUGAUAGUGAUAACGAAAGUGAAGCUGUGGAAGGAAUUAACCCUAUGGAUGCUUUGAUAGGACUUUUCUAUAGUUCAGACGAUUUCUUGCGACGGGAUCUAGCUGUUAAACUUAGUGUAUGUCAGCUUAGCGUUCCUUUCAUUUUACCUUAUCCUGAUAAUCCAGCAAAAAACCCAACUGUCUUGCUUUCAGCGUUGGAAAAAAUAACAAAAUCUUGGAAAGAUGCCACUUCCGAAGAUUCUGUUAAAGUUGUUUACGCAACUGAACAUCCGUUUCCUGUAGUGUCUUUUAUCCGGCUGGGUAAUGUGACCAUGUCCAAAUCGUCCCUAAUGAACAAGAUUAUCAGUGAUGGUAAUGGUGAUCAUGAUUUCUUUUUUCAUAAAAACAUCAAUGGUGGUGAUGUGGAAAGGAAAGUCGUGGAAGGUUUAGUUGAACUUGUGUGGUAUCUUCCUGGUGUAAACAAGAAGAACUCUUUGCAAAAUGAAAUUUGUUUUACCAAUUUACGCGGCAAUGCUCGGAGUUUCAAGAAGCAAGUUAAUGUACUUCGAGAGAUAUCAAACAUUUUGUGUAUUUUAUUGCCGUCGAAAAUGCCUGACGAACGCAUGAAAAAUUUUUUGAAUGAAGCUAUAAUGUCUGAAGGUAAAACACUGCUGAUUUUUAACGAAAAAAGGCAAAAAGAAGUGAAGUACUACAAAGACUUAGACAAGUAUCAUCGAACAAAAUUGUCUUCCUGUACAAAAGCAUCUAAAUCAAAUGAAUAUGAAUUUUUCAAUUAUAUUCGCAAGGUUAUACAAAGCAAUAUAAAAAAGGCUGAAGACAUUAACAAGCAAGAAAGUACACUGAAAUCUUUAGCAAAUUUCAAAUGCCACUCAAAGGAAAUUGGUGUUUACUUUGAUGACGACCCAGCUUAUGCCAAAUUAGAAAAAAUUGUGGAAACUUGGAUUUCUGAUGGGAUUCAAAAUGCAAAAAACCUGUUUAAGCUACAAGGUCAUGUACCAACUUUAGCAGAUUUAGAAAAAAAGAUACAUAAUCCAAAAUUUCGUCCCACUAAUAAAGACGUUGUCAAUGAAUUGUACAAAGAACGGGAAAAUGAAAAAAAGGCUCAGAUUGACUCUUUCAAUAGUAUGAACAAAGAUGUUAUUAACUUUCUUAAUUCAAUAACUGCAAUGAAUGAACGGGAACUUAAUAGAAAUUUGCAUCAUUUGAAGUAUUUAUUAGACAAAGCUUCUCUAUCUGUGAUGACAGAUUUACAUCAAAAAUAUCGUCGGGCAUUACUUUCUGUUAAAGAACCUACCAAAAAUAUGCACAAUGAUAAGCCAGAUUCACAAACCGAGGAAGAAAAGAAUUUAAAUGAACUUGAAGAAUUGAUAUUAAAGUCUUCAUUUGGUUUGGAGCAUAUCAUUAGAGAGGUUGCCCAACUUUAUCAGCUUCCUGAUAUUCCAGUGAAUGAUUAUGCAGGUGCUGCAGCAAAAAUUCUUCUUUCCGGAGAGCCUUUGGAAUUGCUGGAUGGUAAUUCAAGUUACAUACCAAUGAAAUGGUUUAAUGAUGUUUAUGAAGAAUUAGAAAAGCGAACAAAUAACGCUAGCAUUUACGUCAUUUCUGUGUUAGGUAUUCAAAGUUCCGGUAAAUCGACAAUGUUAAAUACAAUGUUUGGCUUACAGUUUCCUGUAAGUGCAGGAAGAUGUACUCGUGGUGCUUUUGCUAGUCUUGUUCCACUUAGUCAUCAACUUAAAUGUGACUCAAAUUUUGAUUAUGUGUUGAUCAUCGAUACUGAAGGUCUGAAAGGAAUGGCUGACCCAAAAGUGAGAGAACACGAUAAUGAAUUGGCAACUUUGCUGUUGGUGUGGCUGAUGUCACGAUUGUCAAUAUCUUUGGUGAAAACUACAAUGAAAUGAAAGAAUUUUUGGCGAUGGCUGUUCAUGCUUUUUUCAAAAUGAAACUUGUGAAAGACAAGAAAUCAUGCAAGAUCGUCCAUCAAAAUGUUGCUGCUAAUGACGCUGCAGAUAAGUUAAUGAUGGAUAGGCGAAAUCUAAAGCAAAAUCUAGACCAUAUGGCAAGGCUUGCAGCAAUACAAGAAAAUUGUGAAGAUCAGUUUCAAAAGUUAGAUGACAUCAUUGCAUUUGAUGAAAAUAAAGACGUAUUUACAUACCGAGUCU